AUGGCAUCCGGAGCUAGCUUCACCAGCGUCACUCCGAGCGGCACAGGCGCUCCCACACCUGCCUCCUCAAACGCCGGCGGUACCGCUACCCGCAAAUUGAGCGGCCGAUAUGCGCUGAACGAUUUCUCCAUCGAGAGGACUUUGGGAACGGGAUCGUUCGGAAGAGUGCAUCUUGUCAGAUCCAGGCAUAAUUUGAGGUUCUACGCUGUCAAGGUGAGUCUCAAAGGCGAGCGAACCGGAAGGAAGCGAUAGCGUGCGACCAGCCCGAAUAGCAGGCAUCUCAGAUGGACUUCAAUGUAGAGCCUCUCAGGAACAGCGCUAUUGAGAGACAAUGGAAGGGACGAAGCUGUGCUUGCUCGGGACCAGCAGAGCUGACAUUAUCCAGCGAACUUCUUGCGUCUGCCUGGCCCCUCUUGUCAUCCUUGUGAUAGGUGCUGCGGAAGGAGCAAGUGGUCCGCAUGAAGCAAGUGGAGCACACAAACAGCGAGCGAGCAGUGUUGGAAGUGGUACGACAUCCCUUUCUAGUCAAUCUGUGGGGCACGUUUGCGGACCCUACCUUCCUCUACAUGGUCAUGGAUUUCGUUCCCGGCGGAGAGCUCUUCACGCUCCUGAGAAAAUCACAACGGUUCCCCCAUCCAGUGGCCAAAUUCUACGCUGCAGAGGUCGCUCUGGCCAUCGACUAUUUGCAUCAAAAUGGUUUCGUGUAUAGAGACUUGAAACCGGAAAACAUUCUGCUGAGCGCUGAUGGCCACUUGAAGAUUACCGACUUCGGAUUCGCGAAGUAUGUUCCAGAUGUCACUUGGACCUUGUGCGGUGAGUCACAGGGAGGGGUAGCUUGGGCUCUUUUGGUCGCUGCGAGAUGUACAGGAUCCGUCGUGCUGAUGAUCCUGCAUCUCAAAUUUCCCGCUCUGAUGGACCAUCGAGCAGGCACUCCGGACUACCUCGCACCGGAGAUUGUGUCUUCCAAGGGUUACAACAAGUCGGUCGACUGGUGGGCACUUGGUGUGCUGCUGUUCGAAAUGCUCGUAAGUGAUUCUCAUCCGCAAGCGGUAGGCUUGCUUGUCUCAGGUAUCCGAUGAGCUGACUGGAGUUCCGAUGGCUCUCUUUGCGUCCUGUAUCUUUCCAGGCUGGGUCAGUCGCAUUCUGAUUUGCAGCUUUUCGCUUUCGCUGCAUCCAUGCUGACCCUCGGAACCCCGAAACCGUCCUUCUUUCUCCUUCAAAGUCACCCGCCAUUCUUCACCGAGGAUGGAAAUCCGAUCAAGCUUUACGAGAAGAUCAUCGCAUGUAAAGUGCGGUACCCGCCGUACUUUGAAGCAGCAGCAAAGUGAGUGUGCAAUGGCGAGUCUUGGUCGUUUGCGCGCUACCACAUUGAGCAUUGCCCCCUCGUCUCGCUCACAGAGAUCUCCUGAAGAAUCUCCUGACUGCGGACCUCACAAAGAGAUUUGGCAACUUGCAUCGAGGCGCGCAGGACAUUUUCGGGCACAUGUGGUUUGACGAGGUCGAUUGGGACAGGCUUUAUAGAAGAGAGAUACCCGCUCCUUACUUGCCUACCGUCACGGCCGACGGAGACGCUUCGCAAUUCGAAAGGUGAGUGACAAUUUGGAUCUCUUGUCGCGCUCAUGAUGCAUUCUCAAAUAUCCACCCAUGACACCGGCCCAUGUCAGAUAUCCCGAAAACGAUUUGGCAGAAUAUCAAAUGCACGAGGCGCCAGAUGUCUUUGGUCACUUGUUCCCCGAGUUCUGA